AUGUCCAUUUUCGCUGAUCACGAUCCUCCAUCGUUUCUAGAUGAACCUUGGCUGCGACAACUAUCAGAUUCAGACGAGCUCUCAGAAACCGACUCAUUAUUUGAUGAAAUUCCUGAUAAUUCAGCCUGUCAUCCCGAAAUUCCAUCAACUACCUGCUCGGGUACGAGCGUGCUAUGCUCUACCUGUGUUGUGGGUCGACGCAAGCCUCCUCCCAUUCCUGGUUUCUACCUCGAUCCUUCGGUUGUUAUACCCCCAAAGCGGGCUGAGCAGCUAUUCCUCAGCUGCAUGGACACAUACUUUCGGAAUGGGGACGUGAAUCAAGUGAUGCUGUUCGGAAGGGCGAGGGAACGAGCCAGCAGUGAUAUCCAGAAAUCCCAACUCGGUGACAUGCCCUUUCACCCACAGGUCAAUUCCGGCCUGCCGGCAUUCCUCUGUGCCCUGCUAUCGGAUCUAGAGGCGUUACUCAGACCCUCUCUCCCCCCACACACCCAUCGUCUCCUUUUCCCUCCUCUGUCGGAGCCGGCCCGGGCGCGGCAAGCAAUUGUGAACUUGUACAGGCCCGGUGAGGGUAUAUCUCCCCAUGUCGACUUACUCGGGCGCUUUGGGGAUGGAAUCAUAGGCGUCAGCCUCGGUAGUGGUUGCGUCAUGUCCUUCCGCAAGGAGCUAAAUGAAAUGCAGAACUCCUCUCACGAGAGAACGGAGCAAGAGCUCGAGGAACGCGGGUUUAUACGGGAUGGCGAUGGUGUACGGUGGGACUUGUACCUGCCGGAAAGGAGCAUUCUUGUUCUUUCUGACGAAGCUCGGUACGAAUGGACUCAUGGCAUCGAAGGGCGCGGGUCGGACAUGGUUGUUGCUGAUGAUGGGAAGAAUGGGACACAAUGCAUAGAACGGGAUUCUAGAAUCAGCGUCACGUUUAGAUGGCUAUUACCGGGAGCUGAGAUUGUGGGAGAUGAUCCAUGA